AUGUAUGCGGACCGGAAGGUUCGAGACUUAGAGUUUAUGGUGGGCGAGAAGGUGCUUCUGAAGAUCUCACCCAUAAAGGGUGUUAGGCAAUUUGGGAAGAGGGGCAAGUUGAGCCUGAGGUACCUUGGCCGAUUUAAGGUUCUCCGUCGAGUCGGAGAUGUUGCUUAUGAUUUGUCUUUGCCACCAGGCCUGUCAGGUGUUCAUCCAGUUUUUCAUGUGUCCAUGCUGAAGAAGUAUCAUUCUGAUGGUUCUUAUAUAGUUUGUUGGGAUUUUAUUUUGCUUGAUAAAAGUCUGUCUUAUGAGGAGGAGGCUAUAGCGAUUCUGGAUAGGCAGGUUAGGAAGCUGAGGUCGAAAAUAGAUUGCUUCAGUCAAGGUUCAGUGGAAGCAUCAUCCCGUUAA